AUGGAUAAUUCUGAUGGACAGCUGUCUAUUAAGUACCAGAAAUUAGCCACCGAGUACUCAAAGAUUCGUGCACAAUUGAGUGUUCUAAAAAAAGCUGUGAUCGAUGAGCAAACGCGUAAUGCUGAAACAAAAGAACAACUCAAAGUAAAGGAAGUAGAACUAAGGAGAGCUGAACAAGAACUCGACAGUCUUACUUUUCGCAAUCAACAAUUAACUAAACGUGUUACUGUCCUACAAGAGGAUCUUGAUAACAUACAGAAUAAAACAAAAAAAACCAAAAGUAAAAAUGAAAGUAAAGCUCAAACAGUUCCAGUACCACCUAAUCACAUACUUGACGAAGAAUUUCAGAAAAAAAUUGUUGAAAAUGCAACUUUGUUAACCCAAUUGAGUGAGAAAAAUACUGAACUUGACAACCUUCAUGAUAGGGUGCAAUUUUUAGAAAAUAAACUUGAAAUUUCCCAAAAAGUUAAAAUUGAAUUAGAUAAUAAAUACCAAACCAAUAUAGAAAAAUUGGAAAAAGAAAAAAGUGAUCUUUUAAGAAAAUGUAGUGAAAAAGUAAGGAAAGAAGAAACAGUUUCAUGGUCAAGUGGAGAAGGUAAAAAAGAAAGCUAUGAUUUUGAUUUAAAAUUUGGAUCUUCAAAUAGCAAACAGGAUCCAUCACCGUUCUCAACACCUUCAGCUUCACGAAGAUCAUCAAAAUCAACUGUGGAAAUUGGUGCCACUAGAAGUGAUGACAUAGAUUUUACAAAAUUAUGUGAGUUAGAAAAAGAAUUGACUCAUUGGAGGACCCAAUAUAAUACGUUAAAAAUAAAAUUUGACGAACUUGCUCAAAAAGAAAAUAAUGAACAACAAAGACUAGAUGCAAAUGGUUUGGAAACAGUUCAAGUUAGCAAUAUGAUUGGCAAGUUGACUAAACCAUUUGCUCUACCAGAAGAAAUUGAAGCUCGUGAAAAAAGAAUUUCAGAAUAUUACAUGCAAGAAAUGGAUAAACUGUUCAAAGAGAAAUAUUUGUACCAUGUUAGAAAUUUAGCUAUUGCUGCUAAUACGGAAGUUAUGAAUGUUCAUUUGGAUGCUAGUGAGGAAAAAAGGGAAAAGUGCGAGGCAGAGUUAGCCGAUGCUCUUCAAAAAUACAAAAACUUACAACAAGAGAUGGAACAGCAAGAGGCAAACUAUAAAUUGCAAUUAAACACUAUGAGUGAACAUUUGGCUAAUAUGAAUGAGAAGCUCAUUAAUCAAACCGAUGAAAUACAACGCUUAAAGUUUGAACUUUCAAACAAAAAUGGUAAGCGAGGGAGAUAAAGUCUGCCAUCACUAUGAAUUUUGUCACAUUCCAAGAUGCUUGUCAAGAAUUUUGUAAAUAUUACAAACAUACUAUCGAUUUUCAACGUGCUCCUAACUGCAAUUAAGUCCAAGAUCGUUUUGACUUGGUACUGCAUUAUUAUAACAAAAAAUUUUAAAUAAUAAAAAUUUUAACGAUCA